AUGUCGGCCGCAGACGCCUCGAACCCUAUCACCUCGGUUGCGUCCAACCCGAUCACUUCGGUGGCUCCCGGAUAUGCUGCUCCUGGUAUCUACUCCAACCAGGCCCUGCUGUCCCGACUGAACCUCGACCUGCGGGGGCGCAUCUUUCCCGUGGAGCGCGAGACGCUCAUGCUCCUGCCCGAGAGCGUGCUGCUUGGUCUCUUCCCGCAGGGUCUGAUCCUCUCAAAGCCGGCGUCGUGGGACGGCGGAGACGACGGAGUGUUCACCGUUGACUUCGACCCCGACUGUUUCCAGUACAUCCUCGACUUCUGGGCGGACGCCCAGGCUUCGUUCUACGGAACGCCCACGAGCCCGGGCCUGUUCCACGCGCAGCAGAACAUGCCGCCGUCGCCGACGUCUGACCCGCACGCGGACGUGAGCCAGAACCCGCUCCUAACCAAGCAGGCGAUCAUCGUCCUGCGCGAGGAGCUCGAGUACUUCAGCAUCACGACGCCGGGGGCGCCCGAGCGCGUCGACGAGCACGGGCUCGCGAACGAGGAGCUCCGCGCGCUCAAGCGCGCCGCCGGCGAGGCGCUUGCGUCUAAGCGCCAGAUCUUCACUGCUCUCCAGCGUAACGUGAACAAGGAGAACAACCAGGCCGAGCAGCACCUGAUUGACAUGCUGUGCAUGUCGGGCUUCAACCGCGACGACGAGUGGGGCUUCCGCGCGUGCGAGCCGAAUCGCAACGUCAUCUCGUCCAUGGCGCUCGUCCUUCUCAAGACCGGCAUCAUUCACCCGGGCAUGGAGGGCGCGCCCGCCGACCUCACUGUCCCCAUCAUCGACGACAAGCAGAUGGGUACCGCCCAGAAGCUGCUGUUAUUCUGGAGGAAACCCGCACGCAAGUGUUGGUGGGACGGCGUCGAGGUUGACGUGCCUGUUUCCGAUGGCUCCUUGAGGAGCGUCAAGUGCUGGGCCCGUCGAGUCUGGACGCUCGAGCUCGCGCUGAUUUAA